AUGACUCAGUCAGACUUCUCGCUCUUAGACGCGAGUAUCUCCGACCUCCAAUGUGCGCUUUCUACAGGAUCGCUCUCUAGUGUCGGCUUAGUAUCACGGUACCUACGGCGAAUCAGCGUCUACGACUCCAACACUCUCAAACUCACCGCCAUCCCAGUCCUCAAUCCAUUCGCCCUCGACGAAGCAGCCGCCUCCGAUGCCCGGCGGGCAGCCGGUUUGUCGCCGCGUCCAUUGGAGGGUAUCCCUUACCUGGCAAAAGACAGUAUCAAAGUCAAGGGCAUGACCGUCGCGAACGGAUCACCUGCAUUCGAGACCCUCAUUGCUAACGAGGAUGCUGCAUGUAUCCAACUACUCCGUGAAGCCGGCGCCGUGCUUCUCGGCCGGACGAACAUGCCCGCCAUGGCGUACGGUGGUAUGCAACGUGGGUGUUAUGGGCGCGCUGAAAGUCCAUAUAAUCCUGCAUAUCUAGCUGCGGCGUAUGCUUCCGGCUCAUCAAAUGGAUCGGCGGUCGCCACAGCGGCCAAUUUUUGUGCUUUUUCUCUAGGCAGCGAGACUGUUUCUUCGGGUCGCUCGCCCGCGUCAAAUAAUGCCAUUGUUGCCUACACGCCUUCAAAGGGCCUUCUUCCUCUCCGUGGUGUCUGGCCACUCUACUUGACCUGUGAUGUUCUUGUCCCUCAUACUAGGACUAUGACAGAUCUGUUCCAGGUCCUAGAUGUUCUUGCUGUGUCGGAUGAUGCCCCGAGAGGAGAUUUCUACCAAGAGCAAAAGCUUAUCUCCCUCCCUUCAAUCAGUACACUUCGACCGCACUCUUUUGCUGAAUUACAAGAUGGAACUUCCUUGCACGGAAAGCGCAUUGGGAUACCGUCAAUGUACAUUGGAGGCGAUGACUCUUCUCUAUCCCCAGCCAGCAGGGUCAACACCCGGCCCUCUAUAAUCAAGCUAUGGAACAACGCCAGAAAGGUCCUUGAGUCCUGCGGUGCGGAGGUAAUAGAAACAGACUUUCCACUCGUGACAACCUACGAGUCAAACGCAGAAAAGGGCCAGCUAGUCACCGUCGCCGGGCUACCAGAGGGUUGGUCCGCAUUGGAGAGGAGUGAGCUCGUUGCGCAUAUCUGGGAUGACUUCCUGAUCAACAACGGACAAAAGAACCUGGAGACUCUUUCUCAGGUUGACCCGACGACUAUAUUCCCGCUUGCACCGGGGUCUCUGAAAGGUACGCCUGAUGCAGCUAAUGCGCUGCGAUGGGACGAGAUGGUCAAAUACCCGCACCAGCGAUCGGUAUCUAUUUAUGAGAUCCCCGGUAUUCAACAAGGAAUUCAGGCUCUCGAGAAUGCGCGCAAGGAGACUUUUGAGGACUGGAUGGAUGGGCUUGGGCUUGAUGCUGUGGUUUUCCCGGCCAAUGCUGAUGUUGGCGCUGCUGAUGCGGAGUGUGAUGAAACGGCGUCGCGGUUUGCGUGGAGCAAUGGCGUCAAGUACUCCAAUGGCAACAGACCUAUCCGUCAUCUUGGUGUACCCACUAUCUCUGUCCCGAUGGGUGUCAUGGAAGAUACGAGAAUGCCGGUGAAUCUAACCUUUGCCGGAAAGGCAUAUGAUGAUAACAACCUGCUUAAGUACGGCUUUACAUUUGAGAUGGCGAUGAAGGGCCGUGUUCAGCCAUCGCUUGUGCCCGCUCUUGACUCUGAUUUCAUCAAGGGUGCCCAAGGUCCCCGGCCAUGGGAUUCUCCGUCUACCGUUGACUUGGUGGUCGAGACUCAAGUAAAGAAGAUUCACGACUCGGUGGUUAUAAUUCAGGUCCAGGGAUCAGUCUCUCCCAAGGACUCCCAGCUGGAGGCUCUGGAAUGCCAUGUUAACGGUCAGGUGGUCAAGCCGGUCAUAGAGGGCGAUAGGUGGUUUAUCCAGGCUUCCUAUCCCGUAUCGGAACGCGAUCAACCCUGGAAGAGGUGGGCGAGUCCUGCUUUAACACAGACGAUCGUAGUUAUCACAGCUCAUACAAAAUCGGGCUCGACAGCUGGUAGGUUGAUCUCUUUAUGA